CAUUUUCUUUCGCCUGCGCCCUACCCACUGGUUCAUGUCCAGCUAUCAGCAUUGUGAUGUCCUAGUGGUGCCUAGUUGGCUUAUGAUUUGCUUUGUGUCAAACUAAGUUUACUAAGUGCAAUAAUUUACCCAUCUUUGGCUGAGUGAGUUUGAAUCAGCUUCUAUAUUUUCCGUAGUUUUCUCAAUCUACUAGGCGUAAUAUUUCGCACAAAAAAUUUAUAUGUAGAAGUUUUUUUAGAAAAGAAAAUAAAUAUAUUUUUCAAGUUUGCAAUGGUUAAUAAUUUAUUAAUCACUCACCAAUGACCUUUAAAUUUAUGAAACAUAGUGAAGGCACAUUGAAACAUGUUGCUAUCACGUAUGAUACAUUGAGUAUUAACGGGCUAAAAUAUAUAUUUCUUUUCAUCAGAACAUAAUCAUGCGAUAUUUUGUUGUGAAGAUUUAAUUAUAACGAAUACAACGUACGAUUAGAUAAAUAGUUUAGGAGAAAAAUUAUUUUAAAGGUUAUUAAAUCCAUGCAUGAGAGAAGAGAGAGUAGGAGCAAGUACGAUCGGAUCGUAAAUCGGAUAAGUAGUUUAGGAGAAAAAAUUAUCUGAUCGGAUCGUAAAUCGGAUAAGUAGUUUAGGAGAAAAAUUAUUUAAAUUGAUACUCCCCCCGUCCCAAAAUAAGUACAGUUUUACACUAUUCACGUCCAACGUUUGACCGCUCGUCUUAUUUGAAAUUUUUCUAUGAUUAACAUUUUUGUUGUUAGUAGAUGAUAAAACAUAAAUAGUACUUUAUGUGUGACUAACUUUUUUUAAUAUUUUUAUAAAUUUUUCAAAUAAGAUGGAUAGUCAAACCUUUAACACGGAUUCCUACGAGAGGAUUCUCGUAUUGUUGUGGCCCUGCAGACGAACCGGGCUUUCGGCCCAUCACAGCCUAGUUUGUUUCGCCAUCAACACCGACUUUGACUCGCACCACCUGCAAUGCAUAUCCCUCGCGUUGCGCCACGGAUAAAUUUCCACCGCCUUCGCCUUCGCGAGAUCGGAUCACGGCGGCGUCGACCGCAUAUCGGCGCUCCCCGACGACCUCAUCCAGCGCAUCCUCCGCUUCGCGCCGGCCAACGAGGCCGCGUCCACCGCCCUGCUCUCAGCGCGGUGGCGCUCGCUCUGGCGCUCCACCGGCGCCGUCAACCUCGCCGUGCGCCUCCCCGAGCCCGACGACGGGCGCCGCCACGGCCACCGCGUCAGCCACGACGCCGUCUCCUCCUGCCAUGACGCCUUCGUCCGCUCCGCGCAGGCGGCGCUCUCCGCCGCCGCCGCCGCAGCCGGAGGCCGAGGCCGCCACGUCACGAGGCUCACCUUGGACCUUCGGGCGGCGACCAUGGAUGUGAUCGACAGGUUCGUGCACACGGAGAGGCCGCUUGGUGCGGACGCGGCGCCCGACACGGACGUGUGGCUGCGGCUCAGCGACGACGUCGAGCGAGAGGCGGACAGAUGGGUGAAGAGGGGAGACGUGGUCCGCGACGUGGUCUCCCACCCGGCGGCGCGCCGCGUGGAGGAGCUCCGCAUCAGCGCCAGCGCGCCGGCCGUCGACGACGACGACGACGACGGCGAGGUCGGGCGUCUCGUCGGGGUGUUCCACCUGGACCUCCGCUACGUCCCGUCGGAGACCCUCCGCGUGCUGGACCUCUCCCGGUGCAGCGGCCUGCGCAUGCCGCCCGCCGUGGAAACCCCGCGGCUGACGACGCUGCGGCUGCAGGCCUGCGCCGUGAACGUGAACGACCUGCAGCGCGUCAUCGACGCCGCGCCGGCGCUCGCCACCGUGCACCUCGACUCCGUCUCCUUCGACGGGAUGGAGCACGGCUGCUACCGCCUCCGCCUCCCGGCGGCCACCACCGCGCUCGUGCUGGCGAGGUGCAGGACGGACGCGGAGCCCUACCGCUACCGGAGAAGCGGCCGCCCACUGGGGACCAGCUCCGUCGAGAUCGACGCGCCGGGGCUCCGAUCGUUCAGGUACGCGGGCUACGCGCGGCGCUUCUCCCUCGCCUCGCCGCCGGACAUGGCGCGUGCCGACCUCCACUUCUUCCACGACAUGUACGCCUCCGCCUCCACGAGCCGCGACCUCUUCUGGCGCUUCGUCCGCAGCUUCCGCGGCAUCAGGUCCCUCAAGCUCAAGGUGAGCGACCUCAAGCACGUCGCCGUCGCCGGCAGGGCGACGCGCGCCGAGCUCCUCGUCGCGUUCCCCAACGUCGAGCACCUCGAGCUGGAAGGGCACCACGAAUCCGCGAGCGAGACGGCCGCCGCGGUGGCCAUCGGCAACCUGCUCCGGUGCUGCCCCGCCGCGCGCCACCUCGCGCUCCACCUCGCCACGGCGCCGCCGCGCGAGCGCGACUCCGCCAUGAACGGCAGGUACGGCCGCGAUCUCCUGCGAGCGAGACAGCAAGCCGACCUCGCCGAGUCUCUCGAUCGCUUCGCUCGCCGCCGCCGACGCAAACCCAAUCCUCCGCCGCCGCCGCCGCCGCCGACGCCGGUGAACUCCAUGGACGAACACCUGAGCAUCGUAGGAUUGAGUGGCCGAUCCUUCGCCUGCUUGAAGAACUCGCUGAGAAGAUUCGUAAUCCAGUUUCGGAUGGAUCGACCCAACUGCAUUGGCGUCAAGCUGAUCAAGUUCUUCGCCGAGAACGCGAUUCACCUCGAAGAGAUGCGCAUCGACGGUGGAAAUCAGAGGAUGCACGAUCACAUCAACCACAUGGUUGAGGGAUGGAUCUCCGAUUCAUCGUCAGCGAAAAAGAGGGCGAAUCACGAGAGUUCGCAGGGUAUCGACGCGAGUACGCCACGCUUUAGAUUAUUACCCCUUGAGAGACGGUGAAAUUGGAUUGUGGUGUUAGCAAGAUGUGGAUUGCAAUUCGAUAAACUAUUGUUAAUUUGGAUUGUCGAAUGUUCUUGAAAUUGUAGAUUUGGAUUGCAAUUCAAUAAACCAUUAUUUCUUUCUAAUUUAUCUAAGAAAAAUUAUAAAUUA